GUGCACGCCACCGUCGCCAUAAUAGCACGGCUGCACGGCGCUUUCAUCCUCCACCACUGCACGUGCUCAAAUAAUACCAGGGACAACGAGCUAGCGCGGCUCAAACAAUCCGUACCGGUGAAGCAGCAGCGUCGGUGAGCUGGGCUGUGCCUGCAGCCUGCGCGCGGUACGCGGGGAGAGCGAUCGAGAUGUCGAGGCCGAGCAGGAGCGACGCGCACCUGUCCCCCGUGGACGAGGCGACGAGGGUGGCCGAGGUGCGGGAGUACUACGACGACGCGGCGCCCAAGCGCCACACCAAACCUUCCCGCAGCGAGCACUCCGCCGUCUACGCCGACGCGCUCGCCGACGACUCCCACCCGGAGCUCGACAAGCUCCAGCAGCUCGAAGCCCACACCGGGAAAUUGGUUUGCGAGGGCGGCAAGGCGGGAGAGGAGUUCGUGGAGACGGAGUACUACAGGGAUCUCGGCUGCGUCGGCAAGCAGCACCACACGACUGGGACUGGUUUCAUCAAGAUGGACAAGCCUACUGGCGCCUCGUUUGAGCUCUCCGACGACCCGGAUGCAACCGAGCGCCACGCCUCUUGCAAAGGAAAUCCUGCCACAAACGAGUGGAUCCCUUCAGCUGACACGGUGUAUCUGGCGUCAGACAAGCCCAGCAGAAGCGACAGCUGAGAACUGAUCUGAAACAUCCGAUGUGUAUGACUAUGCUUUCUACCAGCAAAGAUGAAACCACUAUGGUUAAAUUGGGUAUUCACAAAUUAAGGACGCAUAUGUGUGUCUUUGCAAUUCGAUUAUUCGUUAUUGAGAUUCUUGUGAGGUUUGUAUUUCUAAGACUUGUGCAUCGCUUUGGAAGCCUGUGUUCUACAAAUGAGUACUGGAAAUAAAGCAGAGAAGCUGCCUUUACAUUA